GUUCAUUUCAGUUAUGUAAUAAAUAAAAACAAAAAAAAAACUCUCAACUUUCAUUAUCUAAUGAUAAGAAAUAUAAAUACAAUUUAAUAAAAAAAUAACAAAAGAGAAUCAAUGGAGAGAGAUGUCAAAUCAAAAUUAGUUUCUCGUGGAUCUGAGAGAAAGAGAGAGAAACAAACCUCUCUCCCUUUUUAGGGUUUCUAAUCGAAUGGCAGCACAUCGUCACCAAUUGUUCAGCUACGCCCACCAACCUUCCCUCGCCGCCGCCUCCACCGUCUCCCCCGCCCCACCGCAACCUCAAAGUACCAACCUUUCUUCUCUCUACGCCUCUUCCGCCGCUGACCGUUACUACCCCGACGCCACGUUUCGCUUCUUAGCUCGAGACGGAUCCGAAUCUUUAACCAACAACAACUAUUCAGCAACUGUUACUUCCUCUUCUUCCGAUAUGUACCACCAGUACCAUCAUCUCCCCAACGCUGCAACGGCGUCGUCUCAGCAUUUGGCUUACCCUCAGCUGAUUCAGCAGCAGCAGCAGCAGGAAGCUUGGCCACCUGGCGUGGAGGCUCCUCCUCCAGGUGUCGUUGAGCCUCUUCCUCCUGGUGUCAAACGCACCUCUGAAGCGCUCUACUAUCCGACUCUCUAUGGUGCUCAUAAUACAAUCGGUCAGACGGAAGCUUGGUAUACUACGGACUAUUUAACCAAGCGCCUUAAGUUGGAGAGUACGAGUCAUUUGCCUGUCUAUCCUCAGAGGGCAGGGGAGAAGGAUUGUACUCACUAUAUGCAAACAAGAACUUGUAAAUUUGGAGAGGGCUGCAAGUUUGAUCAUCCUAUUUGGGUUCCUGAAGGUGGAAUCCCAGAUUGGAAAGAGGCACCAGUUGUUCCAAACGAUGAGUACCCUGAGAGACCAGGUGAACCAGAUUGUCCGUACUAUGUAAAAACACAACGUUGCAAAUAUGGUUUAAGGUGCAAGUUUAAUCAUCCCAAAACAGCGGCUGCAGUUACUGUUGAAAAUCCAGAUCCAUUACCUGAGAGGCCUUCUGAGCCCCCGUGCACGUUCUACAUGAAGACUGGAAAAUGUAAAUAUGGUUUAACAUGCAAGUUCCACCACCCAAAGGAUAUCCAGCUACCAACAUCUAGCCAAGAUAAUGGUAGUAGCGAGGCGGUAGCCAGUGAACCUGAUGCCACAAACAAUCCGCAUGUGACAUUUGCCCCAGCAGCAUAUCACAACUCGAAGGGGCUACCUGUUAGGCCGAGUGAAGUAGACUGCCCGUUCUAUCUCAAGACCGGAAGCUGCAAGUAUGGCGCCACCUGUCGCUACAAUCACCCCGAGAGGACUGCAUUCACUCCCCAAGCUGCGGGGAUAAGUUAUCCUCAGGCUGCUGGGUUAAAUUAUCCUCUGGCUGCUGGGAUAAACUAUCCUCUAGUGUCCCCGACCACUGCGAAUCUAAACCUUGGGUUGGUUAACUCAGCUGCCUCCCUCUAUCAGACUCUUGCUCAACCCACGGCAAAUGUCUACAAUAAUGUUUUAGGAGCGCUUUCGGCAACUUAUCCCCAAAGACCUGGACAACCAGAAUGUGACUACUACAUGAAGACAGGGGAUUGCAAGUAUGGAGAGAGGUGCAGGUUCCAUCACCCAUCAGAUAGGUUAAAUGCAACGAGCAAACUAGCUCCUCAACAGCCGAAUGUAAAGCUUAGUCUUGCAGGGUAUCCAAGAAGAGAGGGUGCGCAAAAUUGCCCAUAUUACAUGAAGACAGGGACUUGCAAGUACGGGGCAACUUGUAAAUUUGACCAUCCUCCUCCAGGUGAAGUUAUGGCCAAAACCACUUCAGAAGCUGAUGCUGCUGUUGGAGCAACUGACACGACAACUCAGUGAGUUAGCCAGCUUUGUGUAAGAUAAGAUGAUAAGCGUGUUGUAAUCUUGUUUUACUUACUAUCUUCUGCAUCUGUUUCUCCUUUCUCAAAUCCCUUUUAUCAUAUCCUACAACUAAAAGAAGAGAUUGAGUGAGUCUACUUUGCUGAGUAUACUUCCUACAAUUGGUCAUGCAGUAGAGCUUGUUUAUAAAGGCAACAAGUGGGUCUAAAGUUUUCA